AUUACCGAUCUAACCUAACAUAUUUUAAUAAGUAGGAUAUCGAUACUGAUAAUUGAUUCCCGUAUUAGUAGCAGAAUUUCAGCUAAUAGCUGAAGUCCACGUCUGUUUAUUAUGUAAUGUUACUUCUAACAGUUCGUGUAAUGCACACAAUUUUUUAAAAUGCAUAGGUGUUUUUAUUUCAUUUAUGUUUUAAUAUAUUUGUUAAAUUCAAAUGUUCUGAGUGCAGAACUUGAUUCAAAGAAGCAAACCAAAUUUCCUCCAUGUAGAGCAUGUAAAGUUUUUAUCGAAUCAUUUAAACGGGGAUUAGAUAAAACGGCGAAAGGUAAAUUUGAAGGAGGUGAUGCUGCAUGGGAAGAACAAAAUCAAGGAAGUUAUGCUACAAGUGAAGUGAGACUUGUUGAAAUUCAAGAGCAUAUUUGUUCAGAUGUUAAGGAAGGCAGUGAUCAAUGUUAUUUACUAAAUGAAGAGCAUGAUUUAAUUAUAGAAGAAUGGUGGUUUAAACAUCAGGCUGAAGAACCUGAUAUAUUUAAGUACUUUUGCAUAGACAAGUUACAAUCAUGCUGUCCAGAUUUUCAUUAUGGUACAAACUGUACACCAUGUGACGGAUAUCCUGACAACAUUUGCAGUAAUAAUGGAAAAUGUUCAGGUUCAGGGACAAGAAAAGGUAAUGGUAAAUGCAAAUGUGAUCCUGGAUAUUCAGGAGAAAAAUGUGAAGAGUGUGCUGAAGGCUAUUAUGAAUCAUACAGGGAUGCUACAAAAUUUCUUUGCUCAAAGUGUCAUCAUUCUUGCGAUGGUAAAUGUACAAAAGGAGGGGCAGGAGGUUGUGAAAAGUGUCACGUAGGUUGGAACAGAAAUAGUAACAAUGAAUGUGUAGACAUUAAUGAGUGUGCUACCCUCCGAGCAGCUUGCAGUCCUUUACAAUUUUGUGUUAACAGUGAGGGUUCUUAUAAAUGUCUGGAAUGUGAUAGAGCAUGUUCUGGUUGUACUGGUGACGGCCCCGAUAUGUGUCAACGUUGUGCAAAAGGCUACACUUUAGUAGAUAAAAUGUGUGUUGAUGCUGAUCAAGUACAACGAAAACAACAUGUAUUCAUAACGCGGUACUUGACCUACUUAGGUUUAUGUAUUGCUACUUGUAUUAUUUUUCAACGAAACAUGAUUUUGGCAAGUGUCAUUGGCCUCGCAGUUGCAGCAUAUAUUACAGUAUCAGAGUAUUACCUGGACAAGCCAGAAAUAAAUGCCACAAAUUUAGUUAAUACACUUUUUCCAACUACAUAAACCAUUAUGAUCUAAUUAGGCAAUUUAUAGAAUUUAAGGCAUAUUAGCUAAAGUAAUGAAUGAAUUACAUUUAAGGGAUUUUUGAACGAAAGCAUUUUUAAAAUAUUCAAAAAAUUAGACAUUUUUAUUGAAGAACACAUCUGGGUUUAUUUUGAAUAGCAAAUUACCCAUUAAGAUUGCAAAAAAGCGAGCUAAUUGGUAUGACAUAAGUUUACAUUUAGUGUAAUUUAAUAAACCAUAUUGCCGUAUAUUUGCCACUACAGAUGCACUUUAAGCGUAAUUCAUCCAUUAUUAUUUUAACUAAUUUUAAGUCAAUUUUUGUGAUAUUAAUAAGUGCAAAUAUCGCACACAAUUUUAAGUAUGACUAGUUGCAUACCAGUUUACAUACUUCAGCAGCUAAAUUGGUUUAAUUUUAAUUUAAAUUAUACGUGUUACAUUUUGUAAGGGAAUGUAUCUGAGAAGUAAAAUAUAUGUAUAACUGAAUUGUAUGUGAUAA